UCUCCAAACACGCGUAAAAACACUCCUUCAGGACGGACGGGGGGCGCGCGCGCAAAAGCGAGCGAACUGCUUCAUUUCACCGAUGAACCGGAGCGUGGAACUCAGCCACACUCAAGUUUGCUCUUUCCUUUGUUUUUUUUCUUAGAACCCAAGGUUACAGCCGGGGUUUUUAUUGAACCGGAGAGGCGUGAUUCCUUAUGAUGCUCCGAUACCCAAGGAGUGAUCGGCCCACGCUUUGGAUUCAUAAUGCGAGUCGGAAUACGCGAGGACGCUGCGUAAAAGGACCGCUGAACUCCCAGUGGGACCAUUGAAGUUCGGUUCAACCCUCCAAAGUGCAGCAUGGGUUUCUCAUCCGCACUGCUCCUCGUUGCUUUUCUAGGCUGGGCUGAAGGUGGUUCCUCUCUUCACUACUUGGACGGUCGGUCCAGCCGCCUCUCUCUGGAGAAAACCUCCGACCGAUCGCUCAAAGACGGCCAGUGCCCUCACAUGUUAAAACACCUUCACAAUGGAGCCCGAAUCUCUGUGCAGAUGCCUCCCAGCGUAGAGGGUCAUUGGGUGUCCACCAGCUGUGAGGUGAGACCAGGUCCGGAGUUCCUGACGCGCUCCUACAGUUUUAACUCCAACAACACCUUCCACGCUCACCAGUUCUACUACGAAGACAACCACUGCACCAAACCCACCUACACCCUGGUGAUCCGUGGCCGCCUGCGCUUACGCCAGGCCUCCUGGAUCAUCCGCGGCGGCACGGAGGCAGAGUACCACCUCCACCGCGUCCAGAUGGUUUGUCACACAGCCGCCGUGGCCAAAGAGCUCAGCCAAAGGCUCAACCACAGCUGCAGGGGGGCCGUGAGGGGCCCCUGGGAUCCCAGCGUCGCCUACGAGCUGUGGAGCGAGGACGCCGGCUACGACUGCUCGCGGGAGCUUAACUUCGCCAUGCACGAGAUGCAGCUGCUGAGGGUGGAGAAGCAGUACCUGCAUCACAACCUGGACCACCUGGUGGAGGAGCUGUUCCUGGGAGACAUCCACACCGAGCCGUCACAGAGGCUGUACUACAAGCCGUCCAGCUACCAGACCGCCCUGCAGAACGCCAAGAACCACGAGCACGGCUGCAUCGCAUGUCGCAUCAUCUACCGCUCGGACGAGUUCCACCCGCCCAUCCUGCCGCCGCGCGCCGACCUGAGCGUCGGCCUGUACGGUCAGUGGGUGAGCCAGCGCUGCGAGGUUCGCCCCGAAGUGCUGUUCCUCACCCGUCACUUCGUCUUCCACGACAACAACCACACGUGGGAGGGACACUAUUACCACUUCUCUGACCCCGUCUGCAAGCACCCCACCUUCACCAUCUACGCCCGCGGACGCUACAGCCGAGGGCUUCACUCCACCCGGGUCAUGGGCGGGACGGAGUUUGUUUUCAAAGUGAACCACAUGACAGUGACUCCCAUGGACUUCACCACCACCUCCCUCCUCAACGUCUUCAACGGCAACGAGUGCGGCGUGCAGGGCUCCUGGCAGGUCGGGGUGGAGCAGGACGUCACCCUGACCAACGGCUGCGUGGCGCUGGGCAUCCGGCUCCCGCACACGGAGUACGAGCUGUUCCGCAUGGAGCAGGACGCCCGCGGCCGCUACCUGCUCUACAACGGCCAGCGGCCCAGCGACGGCUCCAGCCCCGACCGGCCGGAGAAGCGGGCCACCUCCUACCAGAUGCCCCUGAAGCAGUGCUCGGCGGGCCAGCCCGGCGCCGGCGGGGCGGACGGCGCCGACGGCGGGCCGCAGCCGCGUCGCAACGGCUGCGCGGGGCGGGGGCCGCGCGCCGCGAUGCCUCUGGUUGCGUUGGGAACGUCGCUGCUCCUCAGCGGGCGGAGGUAGAAGGCGGCGAGGAGAGGCGGCGUCGGCGUAGGAGGCAACAGGACACAACGGGUGGAUCCCGAGAGCGGACUUUUAACAUUUUUACUUCUCUGAUGUGAAAGAGGAUGAAAACGGGGGGGGGCUCCUGAUCCUUUGAAUCACUGCUGCACCACAGAAACCUUUGCACUUUAGAGUGGAUGCCAAAGACUGUCGGUUUCCACGACGACACAAAGAUGCCUAUAUAUCCACACGGACCUGAGAGUGCUGUAUUCAGUGUAUUUACCUGCAACUAUGAUGUGUAGAAAUAAGCUCCCUGUCUGGAGGAUAUGUUCUUGUUUCAUAGUCGCUGUUUACAGUGAGAAACCUCCACACUACAUUUAGAACAGCAAUUUCUUCAAAACAUUGCAGUAUGGAGAACUUGAACGUAGUUUGUCAUAUAUUCCAAAAUAAGGUCAGGUUGGUAAUUUGGAUAAUAUUAAGGUAAUAAACUUCCAUGCUUUCAAAAGAGAGCUUGGUCAUUAUUCACUGGUCAACGCUUGACCUCGUUUCUAAUGGGGCUAUUUUGAAAUAAUCAUGACUGGGCAAUAUGACCAAAUUAUUUUUUUUAAAUCAACAUUCUAAAUGUAUGGAAUUUCAAUCAAAUAAAUGAUUGUUCCAUUGUUGUGCCUUACAUGCACUAAAUGUUCAUCACGUGUAAAAAUGUGUUCAUUUUAAAUUAUUGCAUACCGGUCUAUAAAAGGAGGAUAUUGAAUUUGGCGUUGUGACAUUAUCGGUUAGUUGAAUACAUGCAAAGGGACUCAAAUGCACAUCUAUAUUCUUUUUUUGGGUGUUAUAGAUCAUACAUAAACUAAGCUUGUAGGCUGAGGUUAACCAGGAAAGUAUUUUGGGGAUUGUUUUUCAUGUAAUGGUAAAAAUAACUACACAUUGUCCAGAUGGUGAAGUUACUUCAAAGUGUUCCAUUGGGAAAUCAAUAAAAACAUUUUGGACAUUUUUCAGAUUUGGGAGUUGAAUAAAUUCCAAAUGGCUUUUGUACAACACACCAUUGAGGCGUAUGCUAAUUUUGCCAUGAAAAAAAAGAACGAUUUUACAGACCGUACCCUAAUGUGGAAUGUUUUUUAAACUGAAGACCCUGCAUUGGAC